AAGUGAAAUAAUUGCUGCAGUACUUGGAAAUAUUAAAAGCAGAAAAGGCUCUUCUUAUGAUAAGAAGAAUAAGAAAAAAGCUGCUCAAAUGCACUUUGCCAAUUCUGGCUAUUUUUGCAUGCACCGAAGAUUCCCGCCCGCGAAUCACGCAGCACUGCCAUCACUGUGGCUAUCGAAUAGCCGGUCGCUGCCGCCAAAGCAACAAUAACAACAACCACAUGGACGGGGCGGCGAUAAAAAAGUCGCCGAUGGCAGAAGCUUGGGGCUCAGAUUGUUGUUUACGUGUCCGGUGUCGUCUUCUUUACUCGUCCCCUGGCCAACUUGAACGGAGCGAUCCGCCGAAGCAAACGCUCCACCGACGACUGAACGUUCUUGGCCAGAAGCAGAAACGGAGUCUGUAGCCCAGGCAAUUUGUACAGCAAACUCCGGCAUUUGUUUGCCUUUUGGUUUCUAUUGGUUUUGGAGUUGGGAAAACAAAAGAGUUUAAAUCGGAGCAGCAUGAACAUACACAUGAACGCCAAUACGCUGAAGUACAUCAGCCUGCUGACGCUGACCUUGCAGAAUGCUAUCCUGGGCCUCAGCAUGCGCUACGCCCGCACCCGGCCUGGCGACAUCUUCCUCAGCUCCACGGCCGUGCUAAUGGCAGAGUUCGCCAAGCUCAUUACGUGCCUGUUCCUGGUCUUCAAUGAGGAGGGCAAGGAUGCCCAGAAGUUCGUCCGUUCGCUGCAUAAGACUAUCAUUGCGAAUCCAAUGGACACGCUAAAGGUGUGUGUGCCCUCGCUGGUUUACAUCGUCCAAAACAACCUGCUGUAUGUGUCCGCCUCCCACUUGGAUGCGGCCACCUACCAGGUGACUUACCAGCUGAAGAUCCUCACCACGGCCAUGUUCGCGGUGGUGAUUCUGCGUCGCAAGUUGCUCAACACCCAAUGGGGUGCGCUGUUGCUCCUGGUUAUGGGUAUUGUCAUGGUCCAGUUGGCUCAAACGGUGGGACCGUCGAGCGGUUCAGCCGGUGGAACUGGAGCUGCAGCGACCGCCUCUUCCGUUGGAGGAGCACCCGAACAGAACAGGAUGCUCGGACUGUGGGCAGCACUGGGUGCCUGCUUCCUUUCCGGAUUCGCGGGCAUAUACUUUGAGAAGAUCCUCAAAGGAGCCGAGAUCUCCGUGUGGAUGAGGAAUGUCCAGCUGAGUCUGCUGAGUAUUCCCUUCGGCCUGCUCACUUGCCUCGUAAACGACGGCAGUCGGAUCUUCGACCAGGGGUUCUUCAAUGGCUACGAUGCGUUCGUUUGGUACCUGGUUCUUCUGCAGGCCGGCGGUGGCCUGAUCGUAGCCGUAGUGGUCAAGUAUGCGGACAACAUACUCAAGGGCUUCGCCACCUCCCUGGCCAUCAUCAUUUCGUGCGUGGCCUCCAUCUACAUCUUUGACUUCAAUCUCACACUGCAGUUUAGCUUCGGAGCUGGCCUGGUCAUCGCCUCGAUCUUUCUUUAUGGCUACGAUCCUGCCAGAUCGGCGCCAAAGUCGAGUAUGCAGGGUCCUGCUGGCGACGAGGAAAAGUUGCUGCCGCGCGUCUAACUCUGGAGGAAUCCGGAUCUGUCAACAGUAUUUGUCCAUAACCCGGAGACCGAUCGAUAAUUGCAUCUAAUGUGAUUGAUAUUCCCCACGUUGUGUGUAUAUAUGUUAGGGUGGAUGUUAAUGUCUGGACAAUUCGUAGCACUUUCCGCUUGGAAACGAUAGUUCUAAUGUAAAGAAAACGAAUUACGACAAAAAUACUUAAUUAUUUAUAUAAAUUAAAUAUAACUAGGGUAUUCACUAGCUAAACUGAAGUAUAGAUAUUAAAAUGAUAAAUCUGAAGAACAAUUUUUAAUAUAUCAUUUUGAUAGUCACUUUAUAAAGGCUAGGGAAUGCCAAAGAUUGCUGGACAGAAUUUUUUUAAUUACCUAAUUUUGGACUCGAGAAUAGUUUCUUGGGCAAUUCUCAGCAGUAUUAUUCAAUUAUCAUUCGUAAUGUUUGAAUACAUAAUGUUUUUUUCCAAAUAUGUUGUUAAAACAUUAGUCUUCUGGAAAAGGGCUUCGAAUUGUCCAAAGUCUUUUUUUGCGUCCCUAUAAUAUUUACUUGACCAAAUUUAAGAGUGAAUGUAUGCUCUUACUUGUUUAUUUUGGUAAAAUUAUAUUUUUGGGCUCUCCCCUGAUAUUUUUACUAAAGUCGAAUUACUCGCCAGGCGUUAUAAGUGCGACUCCAUAUCGAGUCAACGCAACUCUCAACAUUUUGUAAUUUUGAAUAAAUAAAAAUAAGUAUAUAA